CCAAAAUCACGUGAAAUUUUGUGCAAAAACGUAAAAUUCGCGAUGCGCGUUUAGAAUUCGCGCAAAAUUCGGUGUUACACGUGAAAAAUCUCCAUAAAUUUGGGAAAAAGUGAAAAAUGGGUGUAACUUCAGUGUGGAGGAAAAAUUUUCCUCAAAUAUUUUUGGUCUUGACACUUUUCAUCUCGUUCGGGAUUCAUGAAAUUUCGGCGUCGGAGGAUGAGGAACGUCUCGUGCGCGAUUUAUUUCGCGGAUACAACAAAUUAAUUCGACCCGUGCAAAAUAUGACACAAAAAGUGGAUGUUCGAUUUGGCCUGGCCUUCGUGCAAUUGAUCAACGUGAAUGAGAAAAAUCAAAUUAUGAAGUCGAAUGUGUGGUUGCGUCUCGUCUGGAGCGAUUACCAGUUGCAAUGGGACGAAGCUGAUUACGGAGGCAUCGGGGUGUUGCGUUUGCCGCCCGACAAGGUGUGGAAACCCGAUAUUGUCUUGUUCAACAAUGCUGACGGCAACUACGAGGUGCGUUACAAGAGUAACGUCUUAAUUUACCCAAACGGCGAAGUUUUGUGGGUUCCUCCGGCAAUUUAUCAAAGCUCCUGUACGAUUGACGUCACGUAUUUCCCGUUCGAUCAACAAACGUGCAUCAUGAAAUUCGGUUCGUGGACCUUCAAUGGCGAUCAGGUCUCGCUGGCGCUUUAUAACAACAAGAAUUUUGUCGAUUUAUCGGAUUAUUGGAAGUCGGGAACGUGGGAUAUCAUCGAGGUGCCCGCUUAUUUGAACGUUUACGAAGGAAAUCAUCCCACGGAAACGGAUAUUACCUUUUAUAUCAUCAUUCGACGCAAAACUUUGUUCUACACUGUCAACUUGAUCCUUCCCACGGUGCUCAUUUCGUUCCUUUGCGUGCUCGUUUUCUACUUGCCCGCCGAGGCAGGCGAGAAAGUCACACUUGGCAUCAGUAUUUUGCUGUCACUGGUUGUGUUCCUGUUGCUGGUGUCGAAAAUUCUGCCGCCGACGUCGCUCGUGUUGCCCCUCAUUGCCAAAUAUCUGCUCUUUACCUUCAUCAUGAACACCGUUUCCAUUCUCGUGACUGUCGUUAUCAUCAAUUGGAACUUCAGGGGUCCGCGAACGCAUCGCAUGCCGAUGUGGAUUCGUACCGUUUUCCUGCAUUACCUGCCAGCGAUGCUUCUGAUGAAACGCCCCCGUAAAACCCGUUUACGUUGGAUGAUGGAAAUGCCCGGCAUGAGUGUUCCGCCGCACCCCAACUCUUCGUACGGGUCUCCCAGUGAAAUCCCCAAACACAUUGGCGGCAUGGGCGCCAAACAAUCCAAAAUGGAAGUCAUGGAAUUGUCGGAUUUGCAUCAUCCGAAUUGCCGGAUGAGCAAGAAAUUGACGCCGGGUGGCGAGUUGGGCGUUGAUCCGUGUCGCCGCGAAAGUGAGUCUUCGGAUUCGAUUUUGUUGUCGCCCGAAGCGAGUAAAGCCACGGAAGCGGUUGAAUUUAUUGCCGAGCAUUUGCGUAACGAGGAUUUGUAUAUUCAGACGCGUGAGGACUGGAAAUAUGUCGCCAUGGUGAUCGAUCGUUUGCAACUCUACAUUUUCUUUAUCGUGACGACCGCAGGCACAGUUGGAAUUUUAAUGGAUGCCCCGCAUAUCUUCGAGUACGUCGAUCAGGACAGAAUCAUCGAAAUCUAUCGCGGAAAGUAAAAUGGCUCGACGUUUAUUGAGAUAUUUUUUCUAAGUUUAACGGUUUCGAAAAAUUGGCAAUUUAAGAGUGCAUCACGGCACGCAACUAUAUCCUACAAGAAAAAAAAAUAAUUAAAUUUAAGUUCCCGAUAAAAAAAAAUAAUUAAAUAUUUAUACGAAAAACGGGAAUUACAUGCACAAUAAUUGUUAUGAAA